CACAGGCAGGUUGGAAUGGAGGAUGCGGUGGAUGAAAAGACACUCUUCAAGGGGUUUUCGGAAAGACUUACCCUCGGAAUAACCCGAGUUUUAGAAAGUCUUCCCAGUGUGUCAGAUGUGCUGUUUGUUGAGAGAGAGCCUGCAGAGAAGCGAUGCAUCCUGUCAUGGGAGCAGAAAAACAACUGCAUUUUGCCGGAGGACCUGAAAGACUUCUACUUCACCACAGAUGGCUUCACUCUUACCUGGAGCUCCAAGCUGGAAAAUAAACCGGUCCCUGUUGGCUGCAUGGUGAUCAACAGUAUAGCGAAGCUUCGUCUGCUGGUGCAGUCCAACAUUUACUCCCUCCCUAGCGCACCCACGUUAGCUGACCUUGACUUCAAGGAUGAAUUAGAAGUAUCAGAGGAACGAGAAGAGCCUCACUUUGACUCCCGUAGCCGAAUCUUUGAGCUUGACCCCUGCGGUGGAAACGGCAGGGUCUGCCUUGUUUACAAAGGCUGCACUCCAGACGCCCUGGCUGAACAGAGUGAAAUAUGGUUCCUGGACCGGUCCCUAUACUGGCACUUUCUCACUUCCUCCUUCACGGCAUACUACAGGCUCAUGAUCACGCAUUUAGGGCUGCCGGAGUGGCAGUACGCCUUUACCCCAUACGGGCCCAGUCCACAAGCCAAGCAAUGGGCAUCUCUUUAUCAGCCCCUUACGUUCCAUAGGGGCUCCCAUCUCGAUACACCUGGUGAAACAUUCCUGAACAAGCUGGACCCAGACAAGGCUUUCCGUGGCAAAACCAAACCUCCUGCUCCCAAGAAGAAGCAGCCCAACCAGGUCCCGUCAGGUGGAGGUCCUGCCAAAGUGCGGGGAUCAAGGGCAGGCAAAGCAUGAAGAGACAACCACAUGGCCACUGAGGAUAAAAUGUUUUAUUUGAACAUACCCAAAAACUAUUGAGUUAAAAGUGCAAUAUUGUAGUUGUGCAUGAACACUGAGUUCAGGUUUAUGUAAAGUGAGAAGCAUCAGGUUCUGUCAGUGUGAUGAAUGAUGGAAAAUAUCCCAUUUAGCUUCAUUCCAAGCUCUCUUCCUUUGUGUAGAUUACAUUGAUUAAACCUUCAAAGAAAUUAUACUCUCCGGCACUGUUGAAAUCUCAAUUCUGACGAGAAUAAUUUUCUAUAACGGCAGCUCUGGCAGCAGUUCUUGAUGUCAUUUAAAUCACAGGUUUAAACUGUAUUAAUGUGCAAUAGCUCAUUCCCAAGUACUUGCACAGAGAACGUGCCAGGUAAUCUAAGCCUGCUAAACAAUGGAUAUACUGUUUAUUGAAAGAAAAACCUGUAAUCAUUGAGAUGGUGACAUUUGUCACGGCUUUGUAACAGUUUUCUGACAUGGGACAGUCUUCUAGAUGGAGGGUUUUUUACGGUUUCUCUGAAACAUUUCUUGUCUUGAAGAGGCAGUAAAAAUGAGUGUCCGGUGAGGGAAUGACUUUCUAUAACUAAACCAACCUUGUCACGUGUGUAUCUGGGCUAGCCUAAUCUAACAGGAUAUCAGUGACAAAGAACAUUACUGUGGCUAAAUAAAUUUGAAGAAUAAUCUGAAACAUUUAAGAAUAAAAAUAUUUCAAUAUC